CGACGGCCUCGUUCCAGCCGAUGCGAAUCAUGACGCUGAAACCCCCCAGAAGCCUCCUCCAUGCCCGAGUGAAGUGUACUGCCAUGGUGAACUGCUGCAUACAAUCCAGAUGGCCUCGAUCUACCCGGACUCUAAAACUUUUGUCGACAUGAAGAUGCGCCAACCAACCGAAAAGACAUUGAUGCUUUUCCGUGACUUCAUGAACAGAACGAAUAACGCGCCCACGCGAUUACAGAUCGAGAAAUUCGUCAACGAAACUUUCGAACCCGCUGGCUCUGAAUUCACGGACUUCGAUCCACGAGAUUGGGUGCCUUAUCCAAAAUUCCUUAAAAAUGUUCAGGAUCCUGAUCUGCGCAAAUUUGGCCACGAUCUCAAUCAUAUAUGGAAGCUGCUGGGCAGAAAAAUGAAAAACGACGUGAAAGCGAAUAGCGAGCUGUACUCCAUCAUCUACGUCGAGAAUCCAGUUAUUGUACCAGGUGGCAGGUUCCGUGAAUUUUACUACUGGGACUCGUACUGGAUAAUUAAGGGGCUUCUACAUUCGGAGAUGUACGCGACAGUGAGGGGUAUGCUCAGUAACUUUGUAUCCAUUGUGGAUAGGUAUGGUUUCAUACCGAAUGGCGGGAGGAUAUAUUACACCAUGAGAUCGCAGCCCCCAAUGCUAUUGCCCAUGGUCCAUGAGUAUUUGAAGCACACUAAUGAUUUUGAGUGGCUGGAGGAAAAUCUCUGGUUGCUAGAAAAGGAGUUCGAAUUUUGGAUGACCAAACGUACGGUGGAAGUUGAGAAGGACGGUGUGACGUAUACGCUAGCGAGGUUCUACGAAGAAUCGUCUGGGCCGCGACCUGAAUCUUACAGGGAGGACUACUUGACAAGCCAGAGCUUCCGGACCGCCGAGGAGAGGGACAACUACUGGGCGGAACUAAAGACUGCUGCGGAGACGGGAUGGGACUUCUCUAGUCGCUGGUUCAUCCUCGACGGCACGAACAAAGGUAACCUGACCAACCUCAAAACGCGCUCGAUAAUCCCGGUGGACUUGAACGCGCUCAUCUACCGGAACGCGGUGCUGCUGGGGCAAUAUAAUCAGCGCUUUGGUAACAUCAGCAAUGCCGAGCUCUACGAGCGCCGGGCACGCGAGUGGCAGAAAGCCGUAACGGCGGUGCUGUGGCACGACGAGGUCGGCGCCUGGCUCGACUACGAUAUCCUCAACGACCUGAAGCGCGACUACUUCUACCCAACCAACAUCCUGCCCCUGUGGACUGGUUGUUACGAGCCGACGAGACGCGAAGAGCACGUCUCCAAGGCUCUCAAGUACCUGGAGAAGAGCCAAAUUAUGAUGAACCUCGGUGGUAUACCGGCUACCCUCGAGCACUCUGGCGAGCAGUGGGACUAUCCCAACGCCUGGCCCCCCCUUCAAUACUUCGUCAUUAUGUCAUUGGACAACACCAAUGAUCCCUGGGCACAGAGGCUGGCCUACGAAAUGAGCCAACGAUGGGUGCGCAGCAACUACAAGGCCUUCAAUGAGACGAACAGCAUGUUUGAGAAGUAUGACGCGACGGUCUCUGGUGGUUACGGCGGUGGUGGCGAGUACGAGGUGCAACUGGGCUUUGGCUGGUCCAAUGGCCUUAUCCUGGACUUGCUGGACAAGUAUGGUGACCGCUUAACAGCCGACAAUCACUUUGUGCCGUCGGACACGUCAACCCCCAAUACCGCGGCGCAAGUGACUGGCGUCUCGACAUCUGGUCAAGUUAUAACCGGCAUCCUCGCCCUUAUCAUAUCAUUAGCAGCAGGAUUCAUAGGGUGAGAUAAUUGUUGUUUGGACUAAAUUGAAGAAAUUCAAAGUAUUUUUAGUGUCGCGAACACUUUUAAUGGACCAAUGAGUUUUCAAGUAUUUUUGGUUGAAACGAAAUAUGAAAUCACACGAAAUGCCUUAAUUAACGUCGCUGGUCGACGUUUACUAUAUUUCAAUAUAUUUCCUUAACGUUUAUUAUAAAAUGAGAAAGAAAAAAAGAGAAAAGAAAAGAAACGGAGCGUACGACAAAUCAUUUUUAAGCGAUACGUGUGACAAUCACGAACUAAAUAUUACGAAUUAAUUACGCUUUUGUAAUGUUUCUAAACUAGAAAAGAAUAAUGAAGGAAACUGAUCGUGCGAAGCAAGAUGGCAACUCAAUUGUAACGUAGUAUUAUUAGAGUAAUCAUAAAAUAGAAAAAGAAGGAAAUUCUAUGGUAAGGGAGUUUACUUAUUAUGCGAAUGCUCCGAGCGACGCAGGCACGGAAAAGAAACGAGAUGAAUUGAUCGAUAAGCAAUAAUACAAAGUUACCAAUAAUCAAGUACAUAGUUUUUAAACAUACACUCAUACGUUCGCGUACACGCGC